AUGUAUGUUUUUCUCGCAGGCGCUGAGGUUUGUUAUAACAGAGUCGGUUGCUUCAAUGAUUUGAAACCUUGGGCUGGGACUGUAGAGAGACCCUUCACUAAAUUACCAUGGAGCCCAGAACAAAUUAAGACACGGUUCCUGCUUUACACCAAGAGUAAUCAGAACAGUUUCCAGUUGAUCAGCGCCACCAAUCCCUCCUCCAUCUCUUCAUCCAACUUCCGAACUACCAAGAAAACUCGCUUUGUGAUCCACGGCUUCACUGACAGCGGAGAAGCUUCCUGGCUGUCUAACAUAUGCAGGAAACUGUUCCAGAUUGAGGACUCCAACUGCAUCUGUGUGGACUGGAGCGGCGGCUCCCGCACUCUGUACUCUCAGGCCUCCAACAACAUCCGCGUGGUGGGCGCAGAAGUGGCGUAUUUCGUGAACAUCCUUCAGUCAAACUUCGGCUAUUCUCCUGCCAACGUCCACCUGAUUGGGCACAGCCUGGGCGCACACGCUGCCGGGGAGGCCGGGAAGAGGAAGAAGGGCAUCUCCAGGAUCUCAGGCCUGGACCCCGCUGAACCCUACUUCCAGAACACCCCCAUAGAGGUCAGGCUGGACCCGUCCGAUGCUACUCUUGUCGAUGUCAUUCACACAGAUUCCGGUCCUCUGGUCCCCACCCUGGGUUUUGGAAUGAGCCAGAUCGUUGGUCACUUGGACUUCUUCCCUAAUGGAGGGGUCCACAUGCCCGGGUGUCCUCAGAACAUACAAAUCCCCAAUGUCAAUGUGGAGGAUAUCUGGAGCGGGGUCGUCAACUUUAUCACUUGCAACCAUAACAGUGCCAUCAGGUAUUACACCGACAGCAUCACCAACUCCAACACCUUUGUGAGCUACUCCUGCUCCAACUGGAACACCUACUCUAGUGGCUGCAGAACCUGCCCCAGUGCCGGAUGUCCAAAGAUGGGUCAUUACGCAGACACCUACCGUGGGGUUACCACUUCCAGCCAGGUCUUCUAUCUGAAUACUGGUCCUCCAAAGCGUUUCGCUCGCUGGCGAUACAAGGUCACGGUGCAGAUUGCCGGCACUCUGAACAUCCAGGCAUAUUUCCACGUUUCCUUGUUUGGGCCCAAUGGGAACACUCGUCAGUAUCAGGUCUACAAUGGAUACAUCAACACAGGGAACUCCUACACGGCGUACAUAGAUGUGGAGACCUACGUCGGGCCCCUGAACAGGGUCAAAUUCGUGUGGAACAAUAACAUCCUUAACCCGCUCUUCCCCACCCUGGGGGCAUCAUCUAUAAUUGUCCAGUACGGAAAAGAUGGAGCCACGCUUAGAUUCUGCGCCAGCGGCACGGUCAGAGAAGAAGUGCUGCAGACUCUGAAUCCCUGUUAA